GAAAAGAACCAGCUGAUGACAACAAACGUCUGGCUCUGGCAGGAGUGGAUUGAUGUGAUGCUGAAGUGGGACCCAGAUGACUAUGCAGGUAUUACCUCCAUCAGAGUGCCUUCAGAGACAAUAUGGCUGCCAGACAUCGUCCUAUAUGAAAAUGCUGACGGUCGCUUCGAGGGUUCCCUGAUGACCAAAGCCAUUGUGCGCUGGGACGGCACCAUAACUUGGACUCCACCUGCCAGCUACAAGUCCUCCUGCACCAUGGACGUCACCUUCUUCCCAUUCGACCGACAGAAUUGCCCCAUGAAGUUCGCCUCCUGGACAUACGAUGGAAACAUGGUGGACCUGGUACUGGUUGAUCACUAUGUGGACCGUAAAGAUUUCUUCGAUAACGGCGAGUGGGAGAUCCUCAACGCCACAGGGAUGAGAGGGAGCAGAAGGGAUGAGGUGUACUGGUACCCGUUUGUCACCUACUCCUUCAUCCUUAAGAGGUUGCCCUUGUUCUACACCCUCUUCCUCAUCAUCCCGUGCCUCGGCCUGUCCUUUCUCACUGUGCUGGUGUUUUAUUUGCCAUCGGACGAAGGAGAGAAACUGUCACUUUCCACAUCUGUGCUGGUGUCGCUCACUGUGUUCCUCCUGGUCAUAGAGGAAAUCAUCCCUUCAUCCUCAAAGGUUAUCCCUCUCAUUGGAGAGUACCUGCUCUUUAUCAUGAUUUUUGUCACCUUCUCCAUCAUCGUUACUGUCUUCGUCAUCAACGUCCACCACCGCUCCUCUGCCAGCUACCAUCCCAUGGCCCCCUGGGUAAAGAGCCUCUUCCUUCAGAAACUGCCCAGACUCUUGUGUAUGAGGGGCCACACUGACAGAUACCACUAUCCAGAUAUGGAGAUGACCAGCCCGGAGCCGAAGCCCAAGAAAGGCGCAGGAAGGAGGGGGGUCCCUGGACAGAGUACCAGUCAACAGAGGAAGGAGGACGAGAACCAAGCCUGGCUGGCCAUGCUGGAGAAAGCCACGAGUUCAGUGCGCUACAUCAGCCGCCACAUCAAAAAGGAGCACUUCAUACGAGAGGUCGUACAAGACUGGAAGUUUGUGGCUCAGGUGUUGGACAGGAUCUUCCUCUGGGCUUUCCUCACAGUGUCAAUACUGGGAACUGUUCUCAUCUUCACCCCUGCUCUGCAGUUGUACUUCAGCUCGCCAUGA